CUGUCUGACUGAUGGAUCUCAGCUAGCAAUGGAUGCUUACAUCAGCUGGCAGAGGCUUUGACAGACGGGACCUGGCUGGUUUGGACACAGAGUCCAGUUGGCAGAUAUGGUGAGGCACAGCGUGAUGGCGGAGUUGCAAGCCUUCCAGCACUCUCUCCAGGGUAACUCCCUGGCUUUUGGCCAAGUAGGGCAGAGCUACGGGGGGACUCAGGAGAACGGUAUCUCCACAGAGGACAGACAGCACCUUUCCCAAGGCCCAUCAGCAGAUUUUGAGAAAAGCCAGCCAGUGAACAUCCCAGAUGCAGCUAAAAGAAAGAAGAAGAAAAGAACAAGGGCAACAGACAGCUCCACAGGCACUUUUGAUGACCUCUACAAGCUGACAGAUGAGGUGCUUGGUCAGGGAGCAUAUGCUAAGGUUCAAGGAUGCAUAAGCCUGCAGAAUGGGCAGGAGUUUGCUGUGAAGAUCAUAGAAAAAAGUGCAGGACACAGCCGCAGCAGAGUCUUUCGAGAAGUGGAGACACUCUACCAGUGUCAAGGAAACAAGAAUAUUUUGGAAUUGAUCCAGUUCUUUGAAGACAGCUCAUGCUUUUAUUUGGUAUUUGAAAAGCUGCGUGGAGGCUCCAUUCUCACACACAUUCAGAACCGAAAGCACUUUGAUGAGCUGGAGGCCAGUAAGGUGGUCAGGGACAUUGCCCAAGCACUUGACUUCUUACACACUAAAGGCAUUGCCCAUAGAGACCUUAAGCUGGAGAACAUUCUUUGUGAAUACACUGAUCGGGUGUCACCAGUGAAGAUCUGUGAUUUUGACUUGGGAAGUGGAGUGAAGCUCAGCAGUGCCUGUACACCCAUAACGACUCCAGAGCUCACCACACCGUGUGGCUCAGCUGAGUACAUGGCUCCAGAAGUAGUGGAGGUGUUCACUGAUGAAGCCUCCUUCUAUGACAAGCGCUGUGACCUUUGGAGCCUUGGGGUCAUUCUGUACAUCCUGCUGAGCGGAAGCCCCCCCUUCAUAGGCCACUGUGGCACCGACUGCGGCUGGGAUCGGGGAGAAACCUGCAGAACCUGCCAGAGUAACCUGUUUGAGAGCAUCCAGCAGGGCAAAUAUGAGUUUCCAGACAAGGACUGGGCUCACAUCACAGCGGGGGCCAAGGAUCUCAUAUCCAAGCUGUUGGUUCGGGAUGCCACCCUGCGCCUCAGUGCUGCUCAGGUCCUCAAGCACCCCUGGGUGCAGGGGAAUGCUCCAGAGAGAGGUCUUCCAACUCCUCAUGUCCUACAGAGGAACAGCAGCACCAAAGACCUGACCCAGUUUGCAGCAGAAGCCAUUGCCUUUAACCGGCAGCUAUCCCAGCACGACGAGCAGCAGGAAGACGUCGCAGUGGUCGUUUGCUCCAUGAGGCUCUCUCCUCCUUCCAACUCCAGACUGGCUCGUAGACGGGCGCAGUCCAAUGCCCUGCGCACCAGGGACUUUGCACCCGCUUCAGACGACCUUGCAGCCUGAAGGACCAGUACAAGCCCCCUUCGUCAUGUUCUCUGGCUGAUUUUAACCUCUACCUGCCCCUUCUGUGUGAGUGUGUGUGAGUGUGUGUGUGUUUUGUUUUGACAGGGAGCCUUGUAGGAUACAGACACAUGUCAUCAGAAGUGACUAACUGUUCCUGGUGUUAAAGCUCUUUCCCAUGGCCAGUAAUCUUAUCACGUAGACAAGAGUUCGAGCACCAAAGGGACAUUUUAUCCUCGGCUACCACCUUUUAAUUGAAAACGUAGUUGAAACUCCUGAGAUUUGUCCAGGAGUCAUUUUAAGCUGCCUCAGUUUUAAACAAGGACUUUUUCAUUUGUGAAUAGCUUUGGGUUUUAGAAAUUCACACGUAGUGUAUGUAUGAUCACCCCAAAACAGCAGAAACCGCUCUUAAUGCCAGCAAUUUAUAUUCCAAUAUCUAGUCAGUACAUAUCAUAAUCACAGCAUUACCUAGGUCCAGCGCAGUAAUGCAGCUGUUGCUGUCCUAAUGCAAUAUUAUGUAAUUCUAAUAGCUUUUAUUUUUCUUGUUGUCCAACUGUGAAUUAAUUGAUAUUUUAUUUAAAUGCUUAUUGCUUCUCAGUCACUGGAGGAAAGGGAUGAUCUGUCUUUAAUUUUUUAAGCAUGUAUGUGUAUGUGAUUGGAUGUGUGUGGAUGUAGUUGUUUAGAUGAUAAAAAUGGAUGACAGUUAGAGGAGACUAGGGCUUUUUUUUUCCAUUUUACCUGCAUAUUUAAGUCUUGUCUUGUCUGGUGUUUUAAAGAGCAUAGACAGCUUAGAGAACGUGCAGGAAUCUGAAUGGAUAUAUAAUGCAGUUAGAGAAUACACUCUGAUCAAACUGUUUAUUUCUUUUCAUUUCUAGCAUUCUUAGCAACACAAGCUACCUGUAGCACAGAUGUACUUUAAAAUAAGUCACUUAUUUAUUUUAAAGGGAAAAUAUUGAAUCAUAAAUUCACAUUGUUGAACCAAACUGAUGGUCCAACAAUGUGAAUUUGACACCUGCAGUAGAGAUUUAUAUUUAAAGAGGCUUUAACGACUUUUUAUCCUCAUUAGAGUCCACAACAUUACCUCAGGCUUUUUUUUUUUUGCACCACGUUUUGUACUGUUAAAAAAAAAAAAAAGAAAGAAAGAAAAGAAAGAAACACCACCCCAAAAAGACUUGCUUUAGUUGCUAAUUAGGUGUCUUAUUAAUUUGAUAUCACUGAGUGUUUUCAGUCAGAAUGAAAUGUGAGAAUUUGAAUUGUUUCAGGUGGUAUGUACAGUAGGUGAAGAGACUGAGAGCGGUUUUGUGAAUUGUUGAUGUUACGCGAUAGUGAAAUUGACAGAGGAUUCCAUACUGGGGUUGAAGGGAUUUAUUUUUAUACAAGUAUUUGUAUAUUGUUCAGUUUUGUAUUUUGGUUCUGUGACUGUGCCUAUUGAAAGAAUGAUGGACUAACUAAGCUAAAACUUCUCUUUGAUUUUCUUAGGUCCAUCAAUUUGCUGAUUUUUAUCCUUUUUUUUAUAUAAAAGAAAUAGUUUUACUUUUUUUUUAAUUUGUUUUAUUCUUUGAGGACCCAGUCUGUGUUUGAAUGGGGGUCACAGUGACAGUCUAUCACUUCUAUUAACCCUAACUGUUAAUUUUAUGUGUUGCCCUCUAAACAACAUGUCCCCUGAUUUCACACUGUUGCCAUGGACACCCCAUCCCUAUAGCAACUAAGGGACUUCAUAGGCUGGCAGGAACUGACAGAUUUGCUCAGAGCGAAUACACCCAUUAGGAAACAACCACUCUCUAUGGUAAAGCCCCCUCACUCCCAUUAGAAAUCAUAAAAGCUGUUUGUUUCCCCACAUCAACUUGUAAUGUCAUGAAAUGAGAAUCAGUGAUUUGUAUGCAAUUAUGGAGUCCCAUUGAAAUGUGUCUCUUAUGGGGUCUUAUGCAUAGAGCGCUCAGUCCAGAGCGUAUUUUCACUGGUAUGCUGUGUUCUCAAUAAAAAGAUCCUUUACACCUUC